AUGCGCCCGAGAACCUCAGAAACCGCCUCCCAGCCUUCCCAGGCGCAGGCGACUCCCGCUACCUCGAACAAUCACCAUAGCUUCGCCUCUGCCACGCCGGCAAUUGAUGUUUCUCACGACCAUCAACACCGUGAGCCCAGUCAACACCACCACUCCCAAGAACCACCAGUAAACGGCGCAAACCUUGCUCAAGUUUCUUACCCUAGCACCGAUCCUCUAUACUACCACCCGACCUUUCCUGUGGUACCAUCAUCCUACUACCACGACCCCCAUGCUUUCUCCCAAGACCAACAGUAUGAUGAUUACGAAGACUACGACGAAGAAGACAUCGACGACGAGGACGACGAAGACAUGGAUAUGAGCGACAGUGACGGAGGUGCUCCCCUGGACCAUGUAAUGACCGUCACUAGCAUCCUCUCUCCCAUGCCCGAGACCGAGGCCGGCCUAAAUACUCCCGAACAUUAUCCUGGGAGCCCUCCUCUCGAGGCCUUCACUCACACUGCCCACGGGGAUCAGCUCUCGCCCACAGAACCUCCUGCUCACAUGGUUACCUAUUGGAGCGUGCCGAUGACUGGCCCUGCGUUCGACCCUGCCGGCCCUCUUCACCCUACCCCGCUCAAUACUAUACCCUUUCACCCUAUGUUGAACUCCGGAGGCUUGGAAGAUGAUGACGAUGAUGACGAUGUGUUCUAUCCGCCCGUUGCUGAGCAGCUCCAACAGUUUCAGGUCGGGGCCAUGGACGAAGAUGAGGCCGCGUGGCAAAUAGCAGGACCUCCGGCUGUCAGCAAUCCAAAUCCCAGCACACUUGGCCCAGAGAACCUUUGCUUGACCGAUUUCUUAAAAGAAUGGGCCUGGCGCAGUCGUGGCAAUCGCUAUCAGCCUCGCGGACCUAGUCCUGGAAUCCAGUCCCUGAAUAGACAGGCGGCAAUGAAAGUCGCCCGUGUGGGCUAUCCAGACCUUGAGGGUGACAGAUAUGACGUGCAAGGUAUUAACUGGGAAGAUCUUGGGGUAACACGGAUGAAGGCUCGCGAGCGCAGAAUUUUGGACUACAAGAACUAUACCAACAGAACAGGUUCAGAUGUGUGGGGUCCUCACUUGCCAGAUCGAAUCAUUCGGAACACGGAGAAUUUUUUCAAGUUCCGCCGGAUGGAUAUUCGUCAAAACGUCCACUUGGCUCAUUUCCAGCUGCGUAACAUUUUGGCAUGUGCUGGGAGAAGCCGCGCUUUUUACCCGGGACAACGGGUUGUGCACCAAAUCAACCCUGUGUCCGGUCAGAGUGAGGUGGCCAUGGACCUGGGCGAUUUGGGAAGUGUUCAAAUAUCAACUUUGGAUGCCAAAUGCGGUAUGCUCGUUGCGGGUACUUUUAACGGCGAGUACUGCAUGCGUAACAUUCACAGUCAGGACAAGAAAUAUACCGAAGGACAAAUUACCAACCACAUCAGCGGCAUCACCAACCACUUACAGAUUCACGAGUCACGAAACUCAUCGGCACCAAUGGCCGCCUUCGCGUCUAAUGACCAGGGCUUUCGCGUUAUGGAUGUAACCACUGAAAAGUUUGUCCUAGAUACACAAUACGGCUGCCCUAUCAAUUGUUCUGCUUUGUCCGCCGACCGCCGCUUACGCGCAAUGGUUGGCGACAAUUAUAACGUCAUGAUUGCCAACGCCGACACUGGUGAGAUUCUUCAGGAGCUGGGUGGCCAUCGCGAUUUUGGGUUCGCCUGCGACUGGUCAGAUAAUGGUUGGACUGUGGCGACCGGCUUCCAAGACAUGAGCGUGAAGAUCUGGGACGCUCGAAAAUGGACCAAUUCUGAUGGCACCAGUGCACCGCUCACUACUAUACGCUCAGAAAUGGCUGGAGUGCGUAGCUUGCGAUUCUCGCCCACUGGCAGCGGCCCACGAGUUCUCGUUGCAGCUGAAGAGGCCGACUUUGUCAACAUCAUUGACGUUCAAACUCUCGCUCACAAGCAGACCUUCGAUCUCUUUGGAGAAAUAGGGGGCGUCGAGUUCACGAACGACGGGCAAGACCUCAACAUUCUCUGCAUGGAUAGGACGCGUGGUGGACUGGUCCAGCUGGAGCGUUGUGAUCUGGGCCAGUCCGGAGGUUUUGAGCCGGCCAGCCAGGCCAUGUCGCUAGAUGCCUGGUGGAAACCAAACCGAAGCGCAACCUACGUUGAGGCUGACCGUCGCCCAAGGCAUCCUGCUCACAGAGAACGAAAGGCGUCACUGUUUGAUGACCUGGAACCUUUUUGA